AUGGCGAGCGCAGGUCCGUCUUCAACCCCAGAGCCGAUGCAGGAGGACGUGCAGAGCGAAACCAUGACCUCGCGAGACUACUAUGCUGAUUCGUAUGCUCACUUUGGCAUUCACGAAGAAAUGCUGAAGGACACUGUGCGUACCGGCUCGUACCGCAACGCGAUCAUCAACAAUCCCCACUUGUUCAAGGACAAGACGGUGCUCGAUGUAGGCUGUGGAACUGGCAUCCUAAGCAUGUUCGCCGCGAAGGCUGGCGCUAAGCAUGUUGUCGGGAUUGAUAUGUCGAACAUCAUUGACCAAGCUGUGAAAAUCGUCGAAGCGAACGGCUUCAAAGACAAGAUUACAUUAGUCAAGGGGAAGUUAGAGGAAGCGCCACUGCCAAUCACGCAGUUUGACAUCAUCAUCUCUGAGUGGAUGGGCUACUUCCUGCUGUACGAGUCCAUGCUGGAUACAGUACUGCUUGCACGCGAUAAGUACCUCAAACCUGGCGGUCUGAUUUUUCCCGAUACCGCGACAUUGUAUCUCGCUGCCAUCGAGGAUUCGGAGUACAAGGAGGAAAAGAUUAAUUUCUGGGACAAUGUGUAUGGUUUCAACUACUCGUGUAUCAAGGAUAUCGCUCUGCGUGAGCCUCUCGUGGAUACAGUUGAACUGAAAGCUGUUGUCACGGAUCCGUGCAUGAUCAAGUAUAUCGACUUGCUCACGGCUAAGAAGGAAGACUUAACCUUCGCUGCACCGUUCUCCUUGGUCUCUACACGUAACGAUUAUGUGCACGCAUUCCUUGCUUGGUUCGACAUUUCGUUCGAGUGCACCCACACAAAAGUUAAGUUCUCCACCGGCCCACACGCCAAGUAUACCCACUGGAAACAGACAGUAUUUUACACGCCAGACACGCUCACCGUAUCAGAAGGGCAAAAAAUAACUGGACGGCUGUCCUGUGCGCCAAACGUUCGAAACAAUCGUGAUCUCGACAUCACGAUCAGUUAUAAGACGAACAAUGAACCAGUGACAGAAAUCCAAUACAAAAUGUACUAG